AUGGCCCUAACUAUUACAACCACAACUCCAACUACAACAACCACUACCCCAACUACAACAACCACUACCCCAACUACAACAACCACUAUCCCUACUACAACAACUACUACCCAUACUACAACAACCACUACCCCAACUAAAACAACCACAUCCCCAACUACAACCACCACUACGCCAACUACAACUACCACUAUCCCUACUACAACAACCACUACCCCAACUACAACAACCACUACCCCAACUACAACAACCACUAUCCCUACUACAACAACCACUACGCUACCUACAACAACCACUACCCCAACUACAACAACCACUACGCCUACAACAACAACCACUACCCCAAUUACAACAACCACUACCCCAGCUACAACCACCACU